AAAAAAAAAAAAAAUAUAAUAAGGGAGAGAGUUCGAGAGAGGGAGGCGUGGGAAGAGGGAUGAAGCAAGAAGAGGGAAGAGAAGAGCAAGAAGAUGGGAUUGGAGCAUUGGAGACGGAUUCAGAGACCUCCAAUCACAGGAAGCAACUUCUCAUCUUCCACCUUUCUCAGAGGCUCAUCCAUGGCGACCUCCAUUCCCGAAUCGAAGCUGCCAAAGAUUUGAGGAAGCUCGCUCGGAAGUCUUCCCCCAAGUCCCGCUCUAACCUUGGAGCUUCCAGUCUCAUUCAGCCCCUUGUUUGCAUGCUUCUCUCCCCCAAUCUUGAUGCCCGUGAAGCCUCUCUUCUUGCCCUCCUCAAUCUCGCUUCCCGCAAUGAACGGAACAAGAUUAAAAUAGUUGCUGCUGGUGCCAUUCCCCCGCUUCUAGAGCUGCUCAAAUUCCAAAACCUUAGUUUGAGGGAAUUAGCCACUGCAGCAAUCCUGACCUUGUCAGCUGCUAAGUCAAAUAAACCGGUCAUCUUGUCUGCUGGUGCAACAUCCCUUUUGGUUCAGAUUCUCAUUUCUGGAAGUGUUCAAGCUAAAGUUGAUGCAGUGACAGCUCUAUAUUAUUUAUCUUCCUGCACUGAAAGCGAGAAUAGCUCUAUGAUGCUUGAUCCUAGAGCAGUUGCCCCUCUAAUUGAUCUCCUCAAAGACUGCAAGAAACAUUCAAAGUUUGCCGAAAAAACUACGUCUCUUCUUCAGAUCAUUUCCAACUCUGAAGAAGGGCGAAUUGCAAUCUCCAAUUCGGAUGGUGGAAUACUAACUUUGGUACAAACAGUUGAAGAUGGAUCUCUUGUGAGCACCGAGCAUGCCGUGGGAGUUUUGCUUUCCAUGUGUCAGAGUUGCCGAGCGACAUACCGUGAACCCAUUUUGAAAGAAGGUGCAAUCCCUGGCCUCUUGAGACUCACGGUAGAGGGCACAACUGAAGCUCAAGAGAGAGCUCGCAGGCUUCUGGAUUUGCUCAGAGAUUCUCCUCAGGAAAAGAGAAUGAGCUCCGCAGAUCUGGAGAGAAUUGUUUACAAAAUUGCUGCAGAAGUCGAUGGCAUAGGCCAAGCAGCUGAAACCGCCAAAAGAUUGAUGCAGGAAAUGGUUCAGAGGAGAUUAAACACUGUUUAAACUGCAUUUGGAGCGAGCUCGGUUUUGUACAUUUUCAAUGAUGUCUUGACAUUCUACUCUCCUUUUCUUCCAGGAGGUAAGUCUUGGGAGAUGGGUUGAAAUUUCAGUUCUAAAUGUUAGGAUCUGGUUUGGCCAUUCUCUGGUACUUCUGUAUUCCAAGGCAAAUUAGGAAAGAGAAGCCAAAGAAAAAGAAACAAAAAGAAACUCACUUUGGACUUGGAUUUUCACUGAAGUUAACUUCCAUUGCUGAUGAUGUUAAAGACAUUAUUAGUAGAUUGUAUAUUUUGGAUUCUGAUCUCUCUGGUACAUAAGAUUUAUCAUUUUGUACAUGAAGUUCUCUUCAGAUCUCAUUAGUUUCUAGUAAACAUUUUCUUAGGCUGGGGGAAAUGUUAAGUUAAAUUCGGUUCAGCCUAUUCGAAAAUCAGCUUCCAAGGUUUGUUCCACAUUGCUAGAGGAUACAAUCUUGAAUCUUUAAUAAUAUAGGGCUAUAGACCAUUCUAAA